AUGGAUCAGCCACUCACUAGUGGUGGGCACUAUCGACACUACCCACCUGCAGACGAGGCGGGUGGUGAUAGUUCUGACAUGUUGAAUUCAUCUUCUGUUGGGGAUGAUCAACUUUCCCGUAGGCGUUUAGUUACAAACAACAGCCUAAAUCUUCAUGACUCUGAUAUUGACAACGAAGGUCCUGAAGGCGAAGACGACGAUGAUGGUAAUGACCUCUCAUCGGUCUAUCAUUUGCGGCGUCAACAGCGACGUCAGCAACGACUGCGCCGGCGGGAAACUUCUUCGUCCGCCUGUGGAGAUACGGCAUCGAGACGUCGCCCUCCAAUUAGUCUCUCUCGAUCUUCAACACGCGUUGGCCAAUCUAUUCCUCCACCUCCCUCUGAACCACCUCCUUCUCUUCCUCCCUGUGGAAUUGAUUUGAGCAGUCAAUAUUCAAUGUACCCUAUAUUAGGACCUGGUGGAUUUAAUCUAGCUGGUCAGCAAGUUACCGCUUCCCCACCUACCAUGUUGCCGAUGGCUGGCCUUUCACUCAACUACAUGACACCGGGCGGAAUCAUGAACCCCGCGGAUGGAAAUCAGCAGCUUCUUCAAAUGCAGCAAGCUGCUCUCCUCCACCAACAGCAGCACCAGCAGCAGCAGCAACAACAGCAGCUUCACCAACGACUCGUAUCAGCCAACGCAGUGGCCGCAAUGGGUGUCGCAGGGAACCCCUAUCUUCAGCACGAGUACAUUCCUCAGGAUCUAGAAGGUUUCUACAAAAUUGACAACUCAAUUGUUGUAGAAUGUAUUCCAUACUUGGCCUCUAGAUACCGACAGCGACUCCGACCGACUCCCACCUCCCCCCUCACCACCCCAUCGUCCGAACGCAGUUCAGUAUUUUUUUUUUUUCGAGUUUCCGAGAUCGCGAUGACUGCAGUCGCUCGUGUGCGCGCUCAUGUGCUCCACACACAUGCCACGAGCUCUCAUGGCCCCACCAUACUGGGGCGGGCCGCACCGACAGCGCGGAGCGGCGGUGGGGGGGGCAGCGGACGGCGCGAGGACGAGAUGUCCUCCGGCGAUAGCGCACCUGCUGCUGCCUACUUGCGCGAAUCUCACCCAGCCAUAGUCUUGCCAUCAAGCCAACGCGGAGAGCGAACGAGAGCCCUUAUCGGUGCUCUCCAGCCCUCGAUAGCGCGUGUUCACACAGCCAUAAACGCCUCCUCCCCCCACCCCGCUAAAACUGAGUCACGACCAUUAACCGGCUUUGCUACAGUCGGUCGACCCGUCCGGACCAGUUCCCUGAACCACCCUCAGAUGACCCUCCCCCACCAUCAGCCCCUUCAGGAACUCGGCCUCAUUUCCUCGGCGGCGCUGAUCCAGGCACACGCGGCAGCCCAGGCACAAGCUCAGGCCAACGCCACGCAGUCAGCCGGAGGCUCGGGGUCUGUUGUCUACGAGAACUCCUACAAUUCCUUCCAACGGCAAGUCUUGCCUAGAGCUCACUGUUCUCGUAGUACUAGUAUCCAGUGUCCCAUUCGGAGCCUCCCCUUUCGCUUCUCACGGCGAAUUCAUGUUCAUAUCUUCCUCUGCUACGACCAAUUUACACCACUUGACGUCAAGGCGCAGUUUCGUCUCAAUCCAAUCUCACCAGAACGCCAACUCGGCAAGCUUGAGUCGCCAGCCAGCGUGGCUGCCAGUGAUGGACCCGGGAAAAUCUCAUAUUCAAUGCUUGAUGACAAAUUAAUGAAAGCUGCAAAACGGGAAUACGCUGAAAAUUUCAGCGUUUCGCCGCCACAAAGCGAGGAAGUGGUUUAA